UAUGAUUGAAUAGUAUGAGCUAGAUCAGAUAAUAGGAAUAAGAAAUUAAUUUGGACCCAAUAGAUAUUAAGUUAUUUCUGAAUCACUUUUCUUUGAAAGUCAUGAUUUAAGUAAUUCUUUUGAUUAUUAAGUAGUUGAUUAAGCAGCAACUAUAAUUAGGUAAUAGAAAGAUCGAGAAUAGUAAUCAAAAUUAGAUAAGAAUGAUCACUUCAUUAUUUUUGCUAUGAAUAUAUUACAACAGAAAGCAUUUACAUAGUACAAGAUAUUUAAUUCAUAAUUUAUAAAAAAAUUUCGAGAAACUAAUUCUGAAAAUACUUUAAUCACCAGUUUAAAUAAAAUAAUAAGAGAAAAUAUAGAUAUGACAAAUACAAAAAAAAAUGAUGUUAAUUAGAAUUAAGGAAAUCCUUAAUCAGAAAAACACCAAGAACAAUAAAAAAAAGAAGUUAAAAUAUAAGUAUUAUGAUUAUAAUUUUAGGAUGUUAUUAUAAUAGAAUUAGAAAAUUCAGAAAUUAGUGAUCUAAUCAGAAGGAAAGUUAAUCAAUUAGAUGAAGGUUUUUAUAUAGCACUAUUAGAGAAGAAAUCUACAAAUAAUUUCGAAUUUUGGGAAAAUUAAGAUGCACUAAGACAAGUUUAUUAAAAUGAAAUUUCAAAAUUAAUUUAAAAUAUGUCACAAAAUUAAACUUUAAUAUAUUUAACUAGAAAAGAAUUCUAACUAAAUGAUGUAAAGACUCAUUUUGAAUAAAAUUAUACUAUUAAGAUAAAUUCUAAUGAGACUGAAGAACUUUCUUAAGAUUUUAAUAACAAUGUAACUGAAAAUUUUAUUCCUUUAAUAACUUUUAAUUAAUUAUUUAAAGAAUAAGUGAUUUAUCCAAUUUUGGAAUUAUCUAAAUUAAAUAGAUAAGUGAAUUUUUAAGAAAUUAGUAAUCGUAUAGGUUGUAUUUAAAAUUAAACAAUUGAAGUAUUUCUAAAAUUGAUUGAAACUUUUGAAAAUUGCAAAUAAAUUAUAAGAUGGGUUAAUGUAAAAGAAUUUAAUAUUCAUAGUUAAUAGAAAAAUAUUUAUAAGAAAAAUCUGUAUCUACAUCAUAUGUUCUUUAAAAUCAAGAAUAAUAAUAAAUUAAAAAAAUCCAAGAUUAUCUAAAUUAAUGUUAUUAAUAAUAUGAUAAAAGAUUUCAAGAUAAAUUUUAUAAUAUAAUGUAAGAGAAUUCGUAUGAUGAAUUCUAAAAUAGUCGAUAAUAAAUAGAAAAUAAUUAAGAUAGUAAGGAUGCUUUAUCUGGUACUUAUUUUAGCAUUGUAUUGUAUGAAAUUAAAGAAAAUGCUUUACUUCUCUAUUAAGGAUUCAAAAUUGGAUCAGAAAUUUUCAAUGUACUAGCAAAACUUGAUUUUCCUGAAAAAAACGAGUAAUCAAAUCAAAAAUAAAAAAAUUAAACAAUCUCUGAAUCAACUGAAAUUUAAUAUGUAGAUAUAGGUUAAAUUAGUUUGGUUGAAAAAGAAGAAGGAAGAACAGUCUAUACGUAUUUAUCUUUACUUAUAUAAGACUUAAAUUUUAGUUGAAGGAAGAGAAUUAUUAACUGAUUUUAAAUAAAAAUCAAAAAUAUCGAGAUCUAAUUAUGGAGUAAAUAAUCAAAUAUUAAUAAUAGAGCAUUAAUGAAAAGUGUUGCCAUUAAGGUCAAAUAGACAAUGUUUAAUCCUACAUCUAGAAAGUUUGCAAGUAAAAUUUCAUAAUAAAUUUAAAUUUGAUAAUAAUGAGGCUUUAAGCAAAUUUAAAUUAGUUUUAUUAUAUGCAAUUCUAAUUAAAUUUCUAUUUUUCUAUUUAUAAUCCUUAAAUUAUUCUAAAUAAUUAUUUCACUUUUCUAUAUUUUCUUUCUUUACUUAAUAUAAUAAUUUUAAGUCAUUUUUUUAAUGGCUACAAAGAAUACAAAUACAGAGGAACCACAAAAUACGAAUAUAUUUAUAUUACUUAUUUAUAGAAAAAAGUAUGUAUUACUCCUGUUGGUAUUCUAUUACGAUUACCCUAAAAAAUUGAUAUUAGUAUGAUAAACUAUAGAUUAAAGUUAAGAUUGAUCAUGAAAUCCCUAAAAAGUAUUUCAAAAUAAAAACUCUAUAAAAUUUAUUAAUAUGGUUAUUUUGCAAGAAUUAAGUUAAUCCAUUAUGAUUAACAAUGACUGUAAUUAUUGUAAUAAAAUAGAAUAAAAAAUUAAUUAGAUGUGGAAUAAUAAUGAAUCUAAAUUUUGGAUUAGAUUUAGAAUCAUCUUUUAUUUAAGAAGACAAGAUUGUGUAUUUUAAGGAUUUAGAUUUAGGGAAAGGGAACUUUUGGCAAUCAGCAUUUUAUACUAGAUAUCAUGAAGAUCAACUAUUUCAAACUUAACAAACAUAAUCAAUAAAUAAAUAGGAUAUCUUAUAAUAAAAAUAAAUCUACAAUAAAUAUCAAAAUUUUAUUUUAAUUAAGGAAUAACUCAAAAUGAAUUUAUAUCCAAUAGAUGAAAAAAUAUAUUCUGAUUAUAUGAAAUUAGAUGGGGAAGUGUAAAAAAUAGGAAUAAUAAAUUUUGCAAUUGAUUGUGAAAUGGUGUUGACAGAAAAUAGAUUAGAACUUGCUAGACUGCCAAUUGUAGAUUAUAAUUACAAUGUUGUACUUAAUAUAUUAGUCAAACCAUAAAUUACACUAAGUAUUUAAAGAAUUAUACUAUUCUAUAGAUAUAGUGGUAUAACUGAGGAUAUGUUAAGUAAUGUUACUGUUACAUUGAUAGAAGCAUAAAAGUUGGUUAAAUCUAUUUCAGAUUAAGAUUCUAUUUAGGUCAUUCUUUAGAGAAUGAUUAAAAUGCUUUAUAGAUAAUAAAUCAUAAAUGUGUGGAUACUAGUGUCUUUUAUAUGA